UUUUCCAAAAUAUUCUAAUUUAACAUUCUGGAAGAGCAAGAAACAGCGUCGCAGCAACGCGCCGGCAAUACUGCUCGUAAAUAAUAAGAAAGUGGGAAAUUACCCGGCCCAUUUAAACUUUUGGGGUCGAUUUGAACGGGUCAAGUGUAUUUCAUCUCUCUCAUCUCCAUUCUCUGCAACGUUGGACUCGUAAGACUAAAGGGCGACACUCUCAGCUUUGGAUCUGACACUGUGAAAUUAAACGAGAAAGGAAAGAAGAAGGUGGAAGGUACAAGAAGAAAGAAGCACUGUGAGAAAGUGAGAAAUGGAGCAGGUUCGGUCGGCAAUGGAGGAGCACAUGGAUCAAAUGGCAGAUCUCGUCCAGAAGUUAACCGCAGAGUUACGUUCGGGUCUUGCACCUGCUGUAAACAAUUUCUUGGGCUUUUUCCACGCUAUCGACUGGACGGAACCUUGGUUGAUGGGUUUAAUGGGCAUGCAUCUUGUGCUUCUGAUAGUAGCCAUCACCUCCAGGAGGAAUCUCAACUUCCAAAUGUUUCUGUUCCUUUUGGCAUUGGCAGGAGUAUAUCUUGCAGAGAGGCUCAAUAGUUUCCUGCGUGCAAACUGGAAGAGCUUUGCCGGUCAGGAUUAUUUUGAUGAGGGUGGAGUUUUUCUCUCAACGCUCUGGUCUGGGCCUCUUCUCGUCAUUGCAAUCAUAAUUUUGGUAAACACACUCUUUUCCUUGUGUCGCCUGAUUGUUAAGUGGAAAAGAGCCGAGCUAAGACAUCGUGCAAGGCUUUCUCAAAGUAAGCAGGAUUGAGCUCCUCUCGUGCUGGAUCGCCGGCCAAAUCAAUAUGGGGUUUGUCUUUCAUGGCUUUUUGUUUCAGAGCUCCUUGUGUCUAGAUGAUGCUGUAGUUACAAGUUAGAUGGGAGUUGGGAUAAAUUUUGGCCAUGCGAGUCAUGAAUUAUGUAAAGGACCAACUAAGCAAUGUGCUUAAGAUUCCCAUAUCAUAAUCCUUUUUUCUGUAACAUCAAAUUUUGACCUAUCUUUUUGUACGAUAACUGAUCUCAAUCCGUGUAAGUUUUGGCUGUUAAUUUCUUGUGGAUGGGAUCCUGUACUAAGAUAACAGCAAUUUCUUUUGUUGUC